GACAUUACAAAACGUGCGACAUAAUUUGUAUUUCCAUCCUUAAAUCGAGCUAGCUAAUCUGCUACGCCUCAAAGACCUUUGCUUCCGACUUACAGUACCCACUUAGACGCAGCAUUCCUUCUUGCAAUUUAACUUGCGUAUUACAUAGGCUCCAAACAGCGCAGCCAUGGCGAGUGCCGCUGCCCGCGAGCGCUAUGCCCGCAAGAAUGAGCAGAACGAGCUAGAGCGUGCCUUUAACACGAUAGAUAGCAAGGGCGACAAGAAAAUAGAUGCAGAGGAGUUGACGGAACUCUUCCUGCGGCUCGGGCACAAACCCAAGCGUGGCGAGGUGGAGGACAUGAUUUGGGAGGUCGACGAGGACUGCGAUGGCUGCAUCAGCCUUCUAGAAUUCCAGACGCUAUACACUCGUUGCCGCGAUGACAAGACCGGCUAUGAGCCGCGCGGCCUGUUCAAUGUGGUCGAGUUCGUCAUGAACGACAAGAACAACCAGGGCUUCAUCACACUGGAGGAGGCGAUGCAAAUCAUGUACCUGCGCUAUGGGCGAGCGGAGCUGGACAUGCAGCUGGAGCAGGUGUUCGGCACGGCAGACCUGAACAGCGGAAAAAUCCUCACGCUCACGGAGUUCCUGCACUGCUUGCACACCAACCAAGUGAAGCAGCUGCUCAACCGGGUAACGGCCAAGACGUACAAGGCGCCGCCCCCGCCGCAGAAGCGCAAGUGAGGUUGUGGUAGUAGGCACAGCAGCGGCACGGCAGUAGCAGGUGCUGGGGUAUGGGCACUCGGCGGCCGCGGCGCGUACAUAUGGCGUGCGGCGGCUUGGCGGGUGCGCUCUCCGGUUGGCGCCUUUCGCUCCUGAAAAUCUUAGGUAGACAUGAUGCACCAAGUGGUAUCACAGCGGCGGGGCGUAUUUACGUAGCGGGUUUGAGCUCUGAGCAGCUAGCAAAGCCUCCACCGCAUGGAGGCAUGGACGGUGUCGGCUCGUUGUGCAACCAACAGCAUGGAUGAGGUGGGGUCGUUUGUCGGGACCUGAUGCUGGGAAUGCGCUGGUGGGGAUGCAACUGCACUGGGUUAUCAGGCACUGGCGUCGCGUCGCCAGCGGCAGCAGGUUUGGUUGGAAGCAGCACCUACUUGACCGGCUUGAGGGCUGCCGCGUGCAAUGCAUGCUUGGUUUAGAGUGUGCAGUUCAGUUGUAUUUGGACCAUGGAUGCACGAGGGCUUGGGUCGGUCUGGUUGCAAUGGCUAGGGAAUUCCAUGUAAUGCUGCGGUGUUCAUCUUGGAAGUCCUGUGUUAUGGACCCCAUGCUGAUUUUGGGGGUUCUGCUUUCGGUGCACGUAUCUGCGGGUCUGGCACAGUGGUCUCACGGGGACCCAAGGCAGCCAUAGGCCACGCAGAAGUUUGGAAGCAGCUAGGGGCAUUUGAGCGAUGCUAAAGCAUAGAUGAUUGCUUAUGAGUCGCGGGCAAGUAUAUUGAUUGCACUGCGUCACACGCACGUGGGGCGUGCGGCGGAGGUAACCAGGGCACCCACCAGAGGCAGCCCAGAACCGCGCAGGGAGCGCCUGGAACCGCGAGGGCUCUUCAGCGUUAGGGCAGAAACCCUAACUGCAACCCUUCGAGGUGGUCGUGCGCGCCACAGGCCUGCUAUUCAUUUGCAAAGUGGUUCGUUG